ACCAAGAAGGAGAGUGGAUGGAGUGCUGCAUCAGAUGACCUGGCCUCCACAAUCACCCGACCUCAACAGAGUGAAGGGAAAGCAGCUAACAAGUGCUCAGCAUACAGUUGAAGUCUGAAGUUUACAUACACCUUAGCGAAAUACAUUUAAACUGUUUUUCACAAUUCCUGACAUUUAACGAUAGUAAAAAUUCCCUGUCUUAGGUCAGUUAGGAACACCACUUUAUUUUAAGAAUGUGAAAUGUCAGAAUAAUAGUAGAGAGAAUGAUUUAUUUCAGCUUUUAUUUAUUUCAUCACAUUUCCAGUGGGUCAGAAGUUUACAUACACUCAAUUAGUAUUUGGUAGCAUUGCCUUUAAAUGAUUUAACUUGGAUCAAACGUUUCGGGUAGCCUUCCACAAGCUUCCCACAAUAAGUUGGGUGAAUUUUAACCCAUUCCUCCUGACAGAGCUGGUGUAACGUAGUCAGGUUUGUAGGCCUCCUUGCUUGCACAUGCAUUUUCAGUUCUGCCCACAAAUAUUCUAUAGGAUUGAGGUCAGGGCUUUGUAAUUGCCACUCCAAUACCUUGACUUUGUUGUCCUUAAGCCAUUUUGCCACAACUUUGGAAGUAUGCUUGGGGUCAUUGUCCACUUGGAAGACCCAUUUGCUUCCAAGCUUUAACUUCCUGACUGAUGUUGCUUCAAUAUAUCCAUAUAAUUUUCUUCACUCAUGAUGCCAUCUAUUUUGUGAAGUGCACCAGUCCCUCCUGCAGCAAAGCACCCCCACAACAUGAUGCUGCCACCCCCAUGCUUCACGUUUGGGAUGGUAUUCUUUGGCUUGCAAGUCUCCCCCUUGCAAGUUUUUCCUCCAAACAUAACUAUGGUCAUUAUGGCCAAAUAGUUCUAUUUUUGUUUCAUCAGACCAGAGAACAUUUCUCCAAAAAGUACAAUCUUUGUCCUCAUGUGCAGUUGCAAACCAUAGUCAGGCUUUUUUAUGGCGGUUUUGGAGCAGUGGCUUCCUCCUUGCUGAGCGGCCUUUCAGGUUAUGUCGAUAUAGGACACAUUUUACUGUGGAUAUAGACACUUUUGUACCUGUUUCCUCCAGCAACUUCACAAGGUCCUUUGCUGUUGUUCUGGGAUUGAUUUGCACUUUUCGCACCAAAGUACGCUCAUCUCUAGGAGGCAGAACGAGCCUCCUUCCUGAGCGGUAUGACGGCUGCGUGGUCCCAUGGUGUUUAUACUUGUGUACUAUUGUUUGUACAGAUGAACGUGGUAUUUUCAGGCAUUUGGAAAUUGCUCCCAAGGAUGAACAAGACUUGUGGUCUACAAUUUUUUUUCUAAGGUCUUGGCUGAUUUCCUUUGAUUUUCCCAUGAUGUCAAGCAAAGAGGCACUGAGUUUGAAGUUCAUUGCAGAGUUUGACUUGCGCUCUGUGCAGUAUGAGGUGAAGUCUCCACGCCUUCACGAGAUUCAUUUGGCAACGCCCCCUCACGACUGCAUCCGCUUCAACUUCUGCUGCGAUCUGGAGGCUGAGCAGUGGGCCACAGUGGUGAUGUCAUCCCUAAGAGAGGCACACAGAGUUGCUGCAAAUAGUUCCCCACAUCCUCUGGAUGACCGACAGAAGCACACCGCAGCAGUAGCUCUAGAACAGCGCAGCACAGCCUCCUUACCACUCACUGAGGAGCUGCGCCUGGAGCUUGCCCGGGCGAUCGAAGCAGGCGACAGCCAGGCUGCUGCUCAGCAUGCAUCUGCUCUGGCUCACCAGAAGGUGGCGCUCACCAUCCAACUGUCUGAGAAGAGUUACGCAGAAGGAGAGAUACGUUUGGCUGUGGCAGUGGAGGACAUUUCCUCUUCCUGUUGCGUCACAGUGAAAGUUUUCCCACACAUGACCGUCGCAGCACUCAAGCAGCAGGUGUUUCUGGAGUAUGGCUUCCACCCUCGCGUGCAGCGCUGGGUGAUAGGGCAGUGUUUGUGCACAGAGCCCAGGUCCUUGGCCUCGUAUGGAGUCCAGAGGGAUGGGGACAUGGCCUACCUCUACCUGAUCUCAGCCCGCCAUGCCCGCCUCACCCGCCAGCUGUUCCAGCAGGACCAGGAGGGCGCCCUCCUCACCCCACCUCUGCCUACCAGCAACAGGUCUACGUCCCAGGACUGGAGGGGCUACAGCACCCUGCCCUCCAGGCUCAGCCACAACUCCCAGGGGAGCAACGGACGCGAGGCUGACAGGCUGGGUAUGAGCGAGAUCAGAGAGGCCCUCAACUUGGAGACUCUGCUGAUCAACAAUAAACCUGAUCAACCCUGCAAAGCCAGUAAAACACAGACAGAAUGGGUUUGUCCCUCCUGCACCUUUAUCAACAAUCCUUCCCGACCAGGCUGUGAGAUCUGCAGUACAGCCAGACCUGACUCGGGAGCGCCGCCUCAUACAACAGGAGAAAGGAAGAAGAGUGGAGCAGGGGGAGAUUGGUGCAUUGAUCAGUUGACUGCCUCGCAACCUUUACCAUAGCCUGGAUGACUGAUCACACACAACUGACACCAACUUACUGCUUCUUAGGUAAAAACCCACUACUGACAAACUCUAGAGGUAUAUGGACGCUGUCGCACACAUGGAGCUCCACUUGCAGGAACUACCUGUAUAGUCAAUGGGAGCUGGCUUUUUGACUCUCCUCUGGACAUGAUGGCAGUCAGCAACCUUUGCCUUGUGGUAGACUUUCUAUUUAUUUAUUUUACAUUGGGGAGGGGUGGAAUAGUCCUAUAUUUAUUCCAGAGGGGUAGGUGGUGCUUCCCUUCUCUUUACCUGAUAUCUCAGAUGAGAGAAUAUGGUAUAUUUUGAAGUUGGCCAACUGGGAUACUUUUGAGUAUUGAAAGUGCAGUUUAAAACCAAGGCCUGUAUUCAAACUCAGAGUAGGUGUGCUGGUCUAGGAUCAGAUGUAUUUUAGAUCAUAAUUAUAUAGACAUGGGGGACCUGAUCCUAGAUCAGUACUCCUACUCUGAGAUACAUUGUGAAUACAGGCCCAGGUCUUGCUGGUCAAUGGUUGGUGCCAUUUGGUUUGAUGGGAUGAGGGGAAUUAGUUGCUAUGAGGCAAGUCUGUGGGAGUGACAGGGUUUUAAAGUGAUUUUAUUGUUGAUGCGUUUCACCUAUUUGUCAUACGUUUCUCUGUCUGAACUGUGUUAGUGACAGAAUUUUAUAUUGUGUCAAACAUAACUGUAUAAAAUGGUGUGAGCUGAAUAAACAUACGUUGAUCAA